CCUUGUAGUGAUGAAGCAAUAAGAUUUGCUUCCUGCUUCCUGCAUGCAGUCAUUUGGUCGGUCCAGCAGGAGGCGCUUCACAGUCCCUCUCAGCUGUACCUGCUGGUCGCCCCACCUGUCCAACCUGCCCUGCAUUAAGACACACCCCCGCAGCUGUUGCCCCACCACUCCCUGACACUAGCCCCGCCUGCUGCAGCAGAGCAACCUGGAUACACUCAGCAUGUCCUGUUCAUACAAGCCAGCUGUAUAUGAACUCAGAUAGGGAAAGGUAGCGAAGGGCAGAACACUGGCGACUGGCAUUCAAGUGUCAAAACAUUUUUGCAGCCAUUUUUAUUUCCUGAAGCCUGAGGAUCUGAGUGGCAGGCUGUGAGUGAGUCAGUGUCGUCUUACAUCCUGCAUAAGUCUGUGAGAGCUGGAGAGGCAGUAAACUGAGGGGCGGCAACACUGAAUGGACAGAAUAUGGGGUCAGAUGAGGCCUACAACUUUGUCUUUAAGGUGGUUCUAAUAGGAGAAUCUGGUGUGGGAAAGAGCAAUCUGCUGUCCCGCUUCACCAAAAACGAGUUCAACCAUGACAGUCGAACGACCAUCGGGGUGGAGUUCAGCACACGGACGGUGCAGCUCAGCGGCUACACCAUCAAGGCCCAAAUCUGGGACACGGCUGGGCUGGAGCGAUACCGGGCCAUCACUUCUGCGUAUUACAGAGGUGCUGUAGGGGCCCUGCUGGUCUAUGACAUCACCAAACACCUCACCUAUGAGAGCGUGGAGCGCUGGCUGAAGGAGCUAUACGACCACGCUGACCCCCACAUUGUGGUCAUGCUGGUGGGCAACAAGACAGACCUGGAGUCAGAGAGAUCAGUGCCCAACGAGGAGGCCAAAGACUAUGCAGAAAAGAAUGGUCUUUUGUUUCUGGAGACGUCUGCUUUGGAGUCAACUAACGUGGAGGCAGCAUUCAACAAUGUCCUGGCAGAGAUUCACAGGAAGGUGAGCAGUAAGGAAGUGGUUCGGGGCUCCAUCAGUGCAGUGUCCCUGAACAGCUCUGGAGCAGAAAACACAGAAGAGAAGAAGGCCUGCUGCAAGAACAUCUGAUCACAAGGUCCUUCAGGAGCCCAGAGGCCUGAGGGCGGGUGACAGGUGACCUUCACCAACAACCCUGCGCUGGAGCUCGAAAAGAAGAGUGCGACACGACAACAUGGAUGCCAAUAUUAACGGUCCUGGCUUAAGCGAUGCCAUUUUAAAAUGACUGAUUUAUAAGUUGUACAAGCUGCAUGAUGUAUUGAAAAGGUGAUUUGUAUAUGUGAAUGAAUGUGUAAGAGUCUCUGCUGACUGUUGAACAUAGGUCAAAGGUAAAACGCUUAACCGUGUUACCUGUAAGAUGAUAUAUUUAUAAUCCAUGCACAGAAUUGGAGCAACCUAAACACAUCAUGGUAAAUAUAAAUGUAAAUGACUCAUGGCUGUUUUAUCUUUGCUGGUUGGUGACACUGUCAGGUCUUAGGCUGCGGUCGAAUAGUAAAUUACAAAACAAAAAAAGCCGUCCUACAUCUUUUCUUAACCACUUUUACUUGACCUUGAUGGAAAACGUCAUGAGGUGAAGGAAAGAUGAGAAGGAGAAUUCAUAAGGACUUAGGAAAAGACAACCGUGGUGCAAAGAGAAUCCGACUGCACUAACAUUAGGAUACGUAAUUAUGCCACGGCGGAUGUUAUUGACGUGGGUCUGCCGUGUUAAAUGUGGAACGGCAUUACCUCCUUUCCUUUGGUAAAGGAUGGUCCAGUGUGCUCUAUGCUGAAGGAGAUAAGAGAGGAAGCAUUGAAGCACCUUUCCUUAGCAUUCAGAGAAUUCGACCAGCUCUUAUCAUGGCUGCCACUUCAAGGUCUCUCUUUCUUUUUUUUUACUCAGUUGGGAACCUUCCUAAGCAAAACAGACUAUUCGACCACAGCCUUGCUGUCACUGCUGUGUGUGUGCUUCAGCUAAUGAUUUAUGAAGAGACUGAUUGCAAUUCUGUUGAGGAAUAAAUAAUUUAUAAAGACA